GCCCGCCCGGCGCGGCCCGGCCCGGCCCGGCGCGGCGCGGCCCGGCGCGGGCGCUGCAUGCGGGCGGGCGGGCGGUGCGCCCCGCUCCGCUCCGCUCCGCGCUCGCCGGGGCCCCCGGGGCCGCCGAGGCCGCGCCGCGCCCGGGACAUGCGGCCGCCCCCGCCGGCGAGGAGGCGAUGAGGCUCCGCAACGGCACGGCGCUCACGCUGCUGCUCGGCUGCCUGUGCGCCCUGCUCUCGCUCUCCUGGUACGGCGCCUUCGGCGGGCACAAAGGUGACGUUGUGGACAUCUACCAGCGGGAGUUUCUCGCUCUCCGAGACCGACUGCACGCAGCCGAGCAGGAGAGCCUGAAGCGCUCCAAGGAGCUCAACCUGGUCCUGGAGGAGAUCAAGAGAGCGAUCUCGGAGAAGCAGGCCCUGCGGGAUAUAAACCGGACCUGGAGCAGCUUAUCUGACGAAACCAAGUUAAAACUGUGGAAUAUCACCAACAAGAAUGUGCUGCACCUUCCCACCAUCUUCCAUCAUUUGCCACAUUUGCUGUCAAAGGAGAACAGUCUGCAGCCAGCCGUGCAUGUGGGACAGGGGCGCACUGGAGUGUCCGUUGUGAUGGGUAUCCCCAGCGUGAAGCGGGAGGUGCAUUCCUACCUCACCGAUACCCUCAACUCCCUCAUCUCAGAGCUCACUCAGCAGGAGAAGGAGGACUCUGUCAUCGUCGUCCUCAUCGCCGAGACGGAUCCGCAGUACACAGCCGGAGUGGCAGAAAAUAUAAAAAACUUAUUCCCAAAGGAAAUACACUCAGGUCUCCUGGAGGUAAUUUCCCCAUCUCCGCAUUUCUAUCCUGAUUUCUCACACCUGCGGGAAUCCUUUGGGGACCCCAAGGAAAGAGUCAGGUGGAGGACGAAGCAGAACCUCGACUACUGCUUUUUGAUGAUGUAUGCCCAGUCCAAAGGCAUAUAUUACGUGCAGCUGGAGGAUGAUAUUGUGGCCAAACCAAACUAUCUCAGCACGAUGAAGAACUUUGCCUUGCAGCAGCCCUCCGAGGAGUGGAUGAUCCUGGAGUUUUCUCAGCUGGGGUUUAUUGGAAAAAUGUUCAAGUCUCUGGAUCUGAGCUUGAUCGUGGAGUUCAUCCUGAUGUUCUAUAAGGACAAACCCAUUGACUGGCUGCUGGAUCACAUCCUUUGGGUGAAAGUCUGCAACCCUGAGAAAGAUGCAAAACACUGCGACAGGCAAAAGGCAAACCUGAGGAUCCGCUUCAAGCCCUCGCUCUUCCAGCACGUGGGAACCCACUCCUCCUUGGCUGGGAAGAUACAGAAGCUGAAGGACAAGGACUUCGGCAAGCAGGCCCUGCGGAAAGAGCAUGUCAACCCUCCUGCGGAGGUGAGCACCAGCCUGAAAACCUACCAGCACUUCACCUUGGAGAAGGCUUACCUGCGGGAGGACUUCUUCUGGGCCUUCACCCCCACUGCCGGAGACUUCAUCAGAUUCAGAUUCUUCAAACCGCUCCGCAUUGAAAGGUUCUUCUUCCGCAGCGGGAACAUCGAGCACCCAGAAGACAAACUCUUCAAUACGACUGUGGAGGUUUUGCCGUUUGACAGCCUGCAGUCAGAUAAGGAAGCCUUGCAGGAGGGAAGAGGCACAGCUGUCAAGUACCGCAGGAUGCCAGAUGGCUACAUCCAGAUAGGCUCCUUCUCCAAGGGUGUGGCGGAAGGCGAGGUGGACCCGUCCUUCGGGCCGCUGGAGGCCAUCAGGCUGUCCAUCCAGACUGACUCCCCGGUGUGGAUCAUCCUGAGCGAGAUUUUUAUCAAAAAGGCGGAGUGACGUGGGUGUGAGGAAGGGUGGACACACAUGUGGAUCCCUGGUCCUGCUCCCUCCCCUCCCGCUCCCUCCUCCCCGCGGCGCCUCGCCCGGGCAUGAGGACAGCCACGCCGGUGAGGCGGCAUGUGCUGACAGGCCUCAGCAAACCAGCUACCAGGCCGGCACCACCAUCCCCAGCCGGUGCUGUGGGGCCAGGACGCCAUCUUCUUUGGAAGAAGAGCAAAAAGCAAAAACCAAUAUCCCAUGCCGGGGGCUGGCUUUGCUCCUCGGGCCAGGCUCAGGUGCAUGGCUGCUGUGUGUGCCCCUCAGGCCACACCGACACGGGGGGACAGUUUGGGGUUGGGAUGAGCUUUAGCAACUGUGGGGACUAAAAGCACCUUCAGCCCAGGACAGGGCAAUCGCCGGCUGUAUCUGGGGACAGAGCGGGGGCUCGGUCAUGUCGAGUCCUGCUGGCUGACCCCGCAGGAGUGCUGGGAUGGAGACGGCCAGGGACCGAGGUCUGCCUUGCCUUCGCUCGGGCAAUGGUUCUGGCCACAGCUGAGGAUUAAGCGAGGGUGAAGACUGACCCUCCUUCGGUGGAGGAGGAACAAAUCCAAAGGGGUUGGAGCUAUGAGUAUGGCAGGGAAAACAAAAAAAAAAAAAAAAAAAAAAUGCCACACUGUGCCUGCCAGCAUUGAACACAGCCCCUUAACUCACAGUGAAGUCUCCAGUGUCUUCAUGCCUUGAGAUUGAGUGCAGAAACCAUCUUUUUAAAUAACUAUUGGAGUUACUGAUUGGUGUGAAUUUUUUGGGGGGGGGGGG